AUGGACCAAAAUAAUUUACAAGAUAAUAACGGAUACAAUUUUACUGAAUCCAGUAAUUUACAACAAUCAAAUAUUAUUCAAUCGGAACAGGAACGUUCAUCAAAUACUAAUAAUAAUAAUUACAACAAUGUCAAUGUUGAUUUUUCUAUGAUGGACGAUCCGACAUCAUACACGAAUAGAACUUCUCAAUCUUACUCUACCGUUCCUUCUUAUCCUUCUCCUGCUAAUUCUUCCGUAAUCUUUGUUUUUGAAAUUCCCGGUUUCAAAAUCAUUUCUAUACCCAUUUCUUCUCCCAUGUCACUUAACCUGGCAAAUAAUUUCGCAAUUUACAGUCUUGACAUUCCUGGGUUUAAAAUCUUAGUUAUUCCUACUUCCUCUCAAUUUCAACAAUAAAUUAAUAUUAUAAUCUAUUAUUUG